CAACUGGACGGCCUCUCCUCCAAGAACCUCCAGCAGGCUGAAGAGGUGUUCAAGUGCCGCUAUGCCAUGCUGACGGACGCCGCGGAACACAACAAGGAUGCUAUAAAGUCCAUACGGGACGAGAUGGCAGACUACCGCCGUCAGAUCCAAGCCAAGAACAGUGAACUGGAGGCUCUUCGUGGCACCAAAGAUUCAUUGGAAAGGCAGCUGCAUGAUAUCGAAGACCGCCACAACACCGACGUUGCUAGUUAUCAGGAAGAGAUUGUCACCACCAGUGAGGCCAAAGUGAGUUCUGCUGCACCUGAGGGCGAAGAAGAGGAAGAGGCAGAAGGAGGAGAUGAGGAAGAAACAGCAGAAGAGGGAGAAGCUGCUGAGGAGGAUGAGAAAGAAGGGGAAGAGGAAGCAGAAGAGGGGGAAGAAGGUAAGGAGGAAGAGGAACAACAAGUGGAAGUGACUGAGGAGACAGAACUGUGCGGUGAUAAAUCUCCAACAGGCAGUGAGAAAGACAAAGAAGGAAAGGAAGAGGAGGAGGAGGAGGGUGGUGAAGUACAAGAGGCAGAAAGUAAAGAAGAAACCAAAGAUGAUGAGGAGGAGGAGAAAGAAGAUGCUGAUGAAAAAGAUGAUGAGAAAGAGGAGACCAAACCCGAAGGAGAUGAAGAGAAGAAAGACGAAUCUGGAGGAGAGGAAACGAAGGCUGAUUCAGAGAAGAGCGAUAAAAAAAGUGAUUCAGAAGAAGAUGAGAAGAAAUCACCAGAAAAGGAGAAACCAGAAAGCCCAGUAGAAGAAAAGCAGCAAGAAAAAGAAGAAGAAGUUGUUCCCAACGGAGACCAGACGAGCCCGGCCAAAGAAGAAGCCAGUCCGAAAGAAGAGGUCCAAACCAGAACAGUGGAAACCAUCACCAAUGGAGACAAGGAGAGCAAACCUGAUACAGAGAAAGAGAAGAAGUCCGAGGAAAAGCCUCAGGAGAAAAAGAAAGUCACCAAAAAAGUGGAGAAAGUCAGUCCGCAAGCAAAGAAGGAAAUCAAAGGAAAAGACUGAUGGAAAUGACUUUGACAGGGAAUUAGAUUUAAUCAAUUGUUAGAAAUCAUUCUAUUUGAUGCAAAUGUCAUUUGAUGCAGCUAUAGCAAAAAGAAUUGCAUGCGUGUUAAUGAUUGACUUGCAUGUGUGGUCUGGAGGGACGUAGCUACAGUAGCCAUGCUGAGCUGACGCGUCUGAAACCGAAACUAUAGCGCGUUUGAAUUCAACUACAAGUACAUUUAUGCUGCUAAUGACUUCAACGAUAAGAGAAGUACUUCAGCAGUUGUUUGGCAAUAAUGGUGCUAUAAUAUCAUCAUUCGCAGGCGCACUUUGAGCUGAAACUCCAUUUCAUUAUUUAAAAUGAUAUGAUGUCUUUCUAGUAUACUUCUUGCCUUAAGACAUAAU